UUUACCGUAGUGCUGCUUCUCUUUGUCAGAGGACUGACUUCCGUUUUCAUGUUUGGUCCAGGUUUCUGGAAUUUACUAUCUAGUGAGACUCUGGGCCAUCUCUUGCUCUGAAUAACAGAAGUUCUAAUCUGGUGUUUUGGAGACGGAGCUAAUAAGAGGAACUCCUUUUCAGCCUAUUCAUAGUUUGAGUCCAUCAUUUUAUUUUAUCCUUGAGAAAACACGACUGUUUACCUAGCUAGCUGGCUAGCAUCAGCCAGCUGAGUUAAACCACCUAGCAUGUUUCGGUUCUUGAAUGACGUUGAUGACGACCCCUACAUGAUGGAUCCAUUUGCUGCUCAUAGGCAGCAGAUGAGGCUAAUGUUUGGACCAUUUGGCAUGGAUCCCUUUGCCCUCACCCCCCAGAUACAAGCACCCCGUGCACCACGCAGACAGGCUGGUCCGUUGGCCCCCUUUGGCAUGAUGGGAAUGGGUGGAGGGUUCAUGGAUAUGUUUGGCAUGAUGGGGGAAAUGAUGGGAAACGUGGAUAGGAUGUCCGGCUCACCGAACUGUCAGACGUUUUCCUCGUCAACAGUGAUCUCCUACUCCUCGACAGACUCCGGGCCACCCGAAGUUUAUCAACAGACCAGUGCGACGAGAACAGGCCCCGGAGGGAUCCGAGAGACGCGACAGUCGAUGAGGGACAGUGAAAGCGGCCUUGAGCGUCUCGCCAUUGGCCACCACAUCGGGGAGCGUGGGCACAUAAUGGAGCGUUCACGAAAUCGCCGCACUGGAGACCGCGAGGAACGACAAGACUUCAUUAACCUUGAUGAGACUGACGCUGGAGCGUUUGAUGAGGAGUGGAGGAGGGAGGCAGUAAGAUACGUUCCCCCGACUGCCCGGGGGCUGGAGUACGGCCGAGAUCGACGGGGAGGAGGCCAGCAGCUCGCCCUUGCCGCCCCUCCCAGCUCGACGACCCCACCAGGCCAUCGGCACGACUCCCCGAGAGACCGUCAGCCCCACACCCGUCCACGUUACGACUGGUGAGAGGUGUCACACUUGGGCGACUAGAUGGAAGAAGUUGAGGGAAGAUUUCCCCCAUGCUGUGAACCACGCUGAAGAUGGAAGUUGAUGACCGUCACAACUGCCCGUCGUAAAUGUUUGAUAUGACUGGACUGUCUAUUCAUGAACAACAUACAGACACACACACACACACACACACGAA